AUGGCACCAUUCGAGUUGAAUUCCGCAACCCAUUUCGUUUCGUCGUCGGACGGAAUCGCUGUCGAGGUAUACGAGCUGAUGGCCAAGGACGAGUCGGCCGUCAAAGGAUCGGACUGGAAGAAGGUAUCGACCGCAAUUACCAGCCUGAGACUGUUCGGUCAAAACAUCUACGGUCAACGGCUGAACAACUUAGCGGCCGAUCUCAGCCGGUCCCGUCUGAUGGUGAAUCCACAGGGCAACAGCUAUCUGGACGUAACGUCAUCGCUGUCCGUAGAUCCGUCGUUCGGGGUGGAGUACUACAGGCUGAACGACAUCUUCAAUUGGUCCCGUCGUCACGGCGUCACUCCGCGUUGGCCGCAGGGCCCCACCGCAGAUAACAUAUGGAGCCGGCGGUCCGACAUGCAACACGGCGGGACCCUGGUCGACUACCGGAAGGAGCUGGACCAGAAGGACGAGGAGUACACCGAACUGAAAGCCCAAAUCGACUCGAUCCGGGCGGAGGCCCGAUUCGCCACCGGAGAGCUGGAACGGUGCCGUCAGUGGCAGUCAGACUUCAGGUUCGGGCCCACUAUUCUCAGUGGGCCCCGGGCAGCCGAGGGAGCACGAACGAGAGGCCAGGACGUUGACCCGUCUACGUUCCGCGUCUUGAGGGCGCGGCCGGCGGGUGCAUUCCGCCGUGCACCGUCGUUCGGGUAUGGCGGCGGCGGCCACGACGUGCCCUUUGACGGAUUUACUCUGGUGGACCAAGACGUCGCCGGAUUGCCUGCGCCGCCGACGGUGCGAGUGUGGUGCGAGGACGGGCUGUUCGACACGCAGAACUGGCGGUACGUCAAGGCCCGCGGCCAGAAGAACCUGGCGAAUGUGCUCAAUGUGGUGCUGGUCUAUUACGACGGGAUUUACCAGUACAAGGAAGUGCAGAACGAGAGAAGCGGUAAAUCGGAGAGAGUGCCGAUGCCGUACAAGCCGGGCGUGGAAUUCGCUGCGGAUACGAACUUGGAUCUGGUGUACUCGCCUAUGGGAGACAUCCGAGUCGCAUUCGCUUAUCGCUGGUAG